CUCUCAGCCAGACCUUGAUCUCUACAUCUGGACUGCACUCAGGUCAGGGCUGGGGUUAGGCCCUGAGUCUGUCUAUGAAGGGGCUGGGGACGGGUUGAUUUCCUCUCUGCAGAAGGAAGUCACAUAUGUUAUCUGUGGCUAAACCUUUUCAGAUCCUCGUGAUCCUAGACUGGAUGCAGCUUUCCCCAGGUUGGGGGCAGGUGGGACCGACCUUCUGUCUGCAGGGCUGAGAGACCUGUGACCCAAAUGCCAGCUUGAGAAUUUGGUGGUAUCAUCAGUCUGCCGGCUCUUGCUUCAGAAUGCUAUGGAUUUCCCAACUAAGUUGUGUGCCAAACACAGGGAGGCCCUGAAGCUUCUUUGUCAGGAGGAUCAGAGAUGUAUUUGCAUGGUGUGUCAUGCCAUCCAGCUUCAUACCCCUCAUCGUCUGCCCAGGGAUGAAGCUGUCCAGGACCGCCUGGAUAAAUUGUCAACUCAGCUGACAUUCCUGAAGACAGAGAAGGAAGAGGCCCUGGAGACAAAGCUGAGUGGGGAACAGGAGAUCCAGGGGAUGCUGAACCUAGUCAGUGUGGAGAUGCAAAAGGUGGCAAAUAACUUCAAUAAAAUGCAAGAGUUUCUGAAAGACCAGGAGAAAUCCCUGGUGCUCCAGAUGGAAGAGCUGAACAGGGACAUUACUGAAUGGAAGGAACAAUUCACAACCCAGCUUUCUAAAAAGGUGUCAUACCUCAGUAAUCUCAUGGCUGAACUGGAAGAGCAGCACUGGAAUCCAGUACUGAAGUUACCAGAGGACACUGGAAACCUGUUACACAGAGCUGAGAUGCCAAUGGUCAAAAACUUCAAGCCUGUGCUUCCAGAACUGAGAGACAGAAUCCAACACCUCUGUGGGAAGAGCUGGGUCCUGCAGAGGAGUAUGAAGCGAUUCACAGAGUGUCUUCAGUCAGAACUGGAGAAAAGGAAAGUGGUGCUGACUCUUGACCCAGACACAGCCAACCCUCAUCUGUUCAUCUCUCCGGAUCAGAAGACCGUGUCCUUCAGGGAAUCCCCACAGAAGUUACCCUACAGCGCUGAGAGAUUUGACUCCCAUUUCUGUGUGCUGGGGCAGGAAGCCUUCAGCUCCGGGAAGCAUUGCUGGGAGGUGUGUGUGGGAGUGGGCUCAAUGGAAGGCUGGGCUGUUGGGGUCUCCAGGGCCUCUGGGAGAAGGAAAGGGGAAGUCAGUUUUGUCCCCUCAGAAGGAAUCUGGGCUAUCCAAAUGUUGAAGGGGUGUUAUGAAGCUCUCACUUCCCCAGAAACUCCACUGACUCUACACAGCCCACCUGAGAGACUGGAGGUCUCUCUGGAUUAUGAAAGGGGAAGCCUAACCUUUUCAGAUGCAGAGACAGGAACUCUCAUCUUUGCUUUCUCAGUGGAUUUCUGUGGGGAGAUUCUCCCCUUCUUUUGGCUAUGGGGUCAAGGAGCCCAGCUCACUGUGAUUCCUUGACUUCUAGGGAAUCCUUUUUUCACUGGGCUCCAGUUUUCUUAUCUGUGAAAUGAGGAAUAUGUGUGCAGGAGGGCAGAGGCUGACCUUUUCUUAUUUUACCAGUCCAAGUCAGCUCUCUAUGGAGAGAGCAGGUACCUAUAAACUGCAUCUAUAAAUACCAACCAGAGGGGUUUCCUCUACAUACUUUCAGUCUUCCUGAUCCCUUCAUUUCUCUAUAUUUUCUGAUAUUCAUUUGCCAUUUAACAUGCCCAUUUUUAAACGACUUCAUCAUUAAAUUUCAAAGAUUUUGAACUGGAAGUAACCUUAUAGGUUAUUUAGAAUAGGAAUUCUUAGGCUUUUUUGUCUCAUCUCCCCUUUUGGCAGUCUAUUGAAGCCCAUGAACUCAUUUUCAAAAAUGAUAUUUUUAAAUGCAUAAAAUAAAAUAAAUAGGAUUAUGAAAUUAUAUUGAAAUAAAGAUAUGUUUGUUUUCUUAUGAAAGUUCACAGAUUCCCUGAAAUCUUUCCAUGAACCCCAGGUUAAGAACUUCUAAUCUAGAUUGACUCAUCAUGUUACAGAUGAAGAAUUGGAGCCUUAACAAGUUUCUCUCUUACCCAAGAUCACAUAGGUGACAAGUGGUAGAGUCACACUUCUGAUAACAAAUUAAGAUUUCUUUUCACUUAAGAUGUUGAAGAUAGAGAAUAAUUUUUUUUGGGGGAAAGGAAAUGAAUAUCCAGAUAAAAUCUUUGGGGCUUGACCUCUGCCUUGGUAGAUAAUGAACUACAUAGAAGAAAGCAGGGGUAAAGGAGAAAAUGAGUGUGUGUGUGUGUGUGUGUGUGUGUGUAUGUUUCCCUCUUGAUUUUGGGAGAAGCAAACUCCCUGGUCUGAUUCCUGAAUUUCAUAGAGACUAACAGUUGCUGCAAAGAGUUAUUCCUGUUCUAGGAACUAAAAUGAAGGAGAGAGAUGGAUCGAGGAUUUCGUUGGAUUGAAAGAAAAGCCUUUGGUUUUCUCAUGGUUUCUUUUUGGAUGCUUCCUCUAACUCUCAGGUGUGGGGAAGGGGGGCUGGUCAGUCCAUUGUGGUCUUGAGUUUUAGUUUCCCAGAGAGGGGAACUCUUGGUUGCUAGCAUUUUCCUUUCUUGGACACCCCUUUACAUGAUCUAAGUCUCUGGACCUGGAGGAAGCCAUAGUUUGAGUGAUCCAAGCCUGUGGUGCAGAGAGCAACCCAGGAAUUUGGCUUCAGCAUCAUCCUCUUUUUAUACUCCAUGCUAUGGAGUUAACUGGUGUUAUUUGGUAGUACCAUGGGCUGUGGAUCCAUCUUGGAUUCUAUUGCCCUCUAGUGAGCAAAUAUUCAUAUAAUAAUUUUUGUUUGUUUUGUUUUUUGCAAUUAUUCUGCCAAGCUAGAAUGGAAGGAUUCUGGGGCAGAUCUAACACUACAAAGAUUUUAGAACUCUAGAGGCUAUUUAUUCAUCUAGUUUCUCAUUUUAUGUAGAGAAGAUCUGAGAUUAGAAAAGAAUAACUCGUUAAAGAUGGAAUGAUCCAAAAAGUUUCUUGUAAUUAUAUCAAAUGAUAUGUUGAUAAAUGUUUAACAACUCACUCCCCCUUUUCCUCUACUCCAAAAGAUCCUAGGAGAAACCUAGGAAUUAUGAAGCAAUGAAGGAAAACUAACCUAAAGCUUAAGCCAAUAAAUAAGAAAUGAGGCAGGAGAAGAGGUAGUAUAAUUUGUAAUCAUUAAUGUUAGUGAUUGAGAGUAGUAGCCAUCCCCGACUAACUUUGAGGUUCAGAGGUAGGCCUUUAAUUGACUUUAUUAGUUAUGAUAUCUAUAGUUAUCUUCAAACACCCCCACCUCCCUAUGUACUCUUAAAAAUUUUUUUUAUUAUAGCUUUUUAUUU